CAAAUAGUUUCCAUUUACUGUCUUAAUUAGCCAUCGUAACUUUCUUACUUUCUUCGAUUCUACUGUCAUAAUUGUUUUAAUUUUUUCAAAAUCUAAUCUAUCCGUCCAGUUUAUCGUUUGUACUCGUCUUUCGUUGGUCAAGUCAUCUCCUAUUACAACCUUAGCGCGGUUACAAAUUCGUGAUUUGGCAUGCAAUGCAUCAUCUUGUAUCCUUCUCGGGACCUAAUACUUUUGUCGCAGCAUUUCUCCCCCGUCAUAUCUUUCCUCAAGAUCUUUCUUGAUGCCGACGUAGUCAUUAACAAAACUUUCACGUUAAUUUCAAAUUUGUUUGUUUCUCCCACUUUUCAAAUGAUAAUUUUGAUGCGGUUAAUGUUAAAUUUCUAUAGAUGCAAUUAUUGCUAACAAAUGGGUAAUUGUCGACUAGGAAGUUUCGAGACAGAAAUGACUACCCGCUGCAUCACUUUGAGACCUCUAAACACCAAGACAACAAGUGGCGUUCGAGUAGACGUACGUUAAGUUUAAUUACUAAACGUAGACUUCAAGUUUAAAUCUGAUGAGAAAAAAAUCUUCGCAAGACUCAUAAAUAAAUGCAUAUCAUUAUCUGAAGAUUAUCGACGGUGGUGGCACUGAAAUAGGAUCAACUUGUUAAUUUGAACG